AUGAAGACAUUAUUUAUUAUUCUUACUUGCUUUUUAUUAUUUUUUAUAAACUAUUCUUCAUGUCAAACAGAAGCUACUAAAUAUAAUCAUACUCAAAUCAAGGGAAGUGACUAUAAUGAAACUACUACUACUACUAUUCUGAAGCAUCCUAUAUUAAAACGUACUGUUACUACAACAAGCGUGAUUAAGCCUACAAAAAAACCUCAUCAUUCAUCAGAGGAAGAAGAAGAUUCACUCUGUUGUGACGAUGAUGAGGAUCCUUGUGAAAGUACAAUAGAUCCUGUCACUAUUUCCUCAUCAGUAUUGUUAAUGGUAUUAGGGGUUUAUUUUAUGUCAUUCGGGUUCCCUUUCUUUAGAUUAACGAUGAUAGCGAUUGGUUUAAUCUUAGGAAGUUCAGUGUCUUGGAUAGGUCUUCAAUCUAGUUCAACUCUCUUUGAGUAUCCUAAAAUUAGUUCUGUUAAUUUAGGUGUUUGUUGUGGAGUAGGUCUUGUCGCAGGAUUUACGUUUCUUGUACUUUAUAAGUUAGCCAUGUAUUGUAUGUGUACUGUGGCUGCUGCUUUACUUACUAUUUAUAUUUGUUGCUGGAGAGAAGACUUUAUUAUACAAAAUGUGUAUUACCGUGGUCUACUUGGUCUUGGUCUUAUCUUCAUCUUCUUCUUGGGUUAUGUCUUCUUUGAAACGAUUACAGUUAAUCUAUCGCUUGCGUUUAUAGGAGCUUAUUCUUUUAUCUUGGGACUAGAUAUGACUCUAGAUGUAGGCUUUAGAAAGGGUAUUGAAAUAAUGUCAGACUUUAAUCAACAAAGAAAUAAUCAAUUUUAUCAAUAUCAUCGUAUCAAUUCAUUUUCAAGACGAGGUAUAGAUCAAGAAGGAGUUCAUUAUCAGAUUGAAUGGAAAGUUCAGUCCAUGUUAGGAGCUAUUAUUGGAUUAACCAUCUUAUCAAUAAUAUGGCAAAGAUGGUAUUAUAAAGGUCAAAGAUUUGGUGUUUGUAUUGUACGUAAUUCGAAUGAUACCUUGGCUAAAUAUAAAUAA